UGUCUCCCCCGUCCAGUGAUGAUCGCCUAUAUAAACAGCAUCCAGCGAGAGAAAGUCAACAAAACUCUUGAUCCAGGACAGCGAACAAGCACUCAACAAGUCUGGAUUAUACGCGCGAUUAUGAUAACCCAGCCUGAAACAAUACGUAAAUAAUAAUGUCAGUAACUGAAGUACUGCUGUAACUUUUCGUGCGUGGAAAAGCAGCUUUAACCCGAUGUACACUAAAUAAAGCGCUUCAGGGAUAAAUCCGAACAGUGUUUUGACGCGCGCGGUUCCUCCAGAUGUAGGCGCGGGGCUCUGCGCUGCUCCGGCCGGCGAUGGAGGCGUCCUCCGCGGCAGUGAAUGCGGUGUCUCCCGCCGAAGACCCGUUCACCGCGCCGCUGUCUUCCAUCGCGCCCUGGAACUACAGUGUUCUGGCGGCGCUGAUGUUCGUGGUGACCGCGCUGUCUCUGUCCGAGAACUUCACUGUAAUGCUGGUCACCUUCAGGUUCCAGCAGCUCCGGCAGCCGCUCAACUACAUCAUCGUCAACCUGUCUCUGGCCGACUUCCUGGUGUCGCUGACCGGCGGCAGCAUCAGCUUCCUCACCAACUAUCACGGAUAUUUCUUCCUGGGGAAAUGGGCUUGCGUGCUCGAGGGCUUCGCCGUCACCUUUUUUGGUAUUGUGGCUCUGUGGUCCCUGGCUGUUCUGGCAUUCGAGCGUUUCUUCGUAAUCUGCCGUCCACUGGGGAACAUUCGCCUGCGCGGCAAACAUGCAGCUCUGGGUCUGGUGUUUGUCUGGAGUUUCUCCUUCAUCUGGACUGUUCCUCCUGUUCUGGGCUGGAGCAGCUACACAGUCAGCAGGAUCGGCACCACCUGUGAACCCAACUGGUAUUCAGGAAACUUCCAUGACCACACCUUCAUCAUCACGUUAUUCAGCACUUGCUUCAUCUUUCCUCUGGGAGUGAUCAUCGUCUGCUACUGCAAACUCAUCCGCAAACUCAGAAAGGUCUCCAACACCCACGGCAGGCUGGGUAACGCCAGGAAACCGGAGCGUCAGGUGACCCGUAUGGUGGUGGUGAUGAUUGUGGCGUUUAUGGUGGCCUGGACGCCGUAUGCCGCUUUCUCCAUCAUCAUCACUGCGCAUCCCAGCAUGCACCUGGACCCACGACUGGCAGCCAUUCCUGCGUUUGUGGCCAAAACAGCAGCGGUGUACAACCCCAUCAUCUACGUGUUCAUGAACAAACAGUUCAGAAAGUGUCUGGUUCAGCUCUUGAGUUGCAGUAAAGUGACUGUGGUCGAAGGAAAUAAUAAUCAGACGACUGAACGCGCCGGCAUGACCAGCGGGAGCAACACUGGAGAGAUGUCUGCCAUCGCCGCUCGCGUCUCCGUCCCGAAAACAGAGGAAAAUCCUGGAGACCGCAGCACUUUCAGCCACAUCCCCAUUCCUGAAAACAAAGUGUGUCCCAUGUGAAAACACUAAUGCAAAGUCUUCGUCUAAGUGCAUUUCAGUCUCUUCUGAAUGUAGGCGACAUAAAACUCACACAAUGGUAUGACUGCACAAAUAUGCUUUUCUCUGAGUUUUGUCUUGUUUCUAGUCCAACUAUCUCAAAAUACAUGAGUCAAGAAGCAUUUUCUAAACAAGCAAUAAAAUAUUGCAUUGUUUUCAGAAAUAAUAAGUAACCGUUG